AUGUCAUAUUCUCCACCACAGCCGCCACCACGUCAGUACAGUAGCACGUUGAAUGUUGACUGCGUUGAUGGAGUUUAUAGACAAGCACAACAAGUUUCACCGUUGACAAAGCAAGUAAACCACUUGGCCUACGAGAUUCCAAAGAACAAGUAUGCCAACAAUCCAUGGAACUAUGCGCCAGAAUUCUUGAAGGUUUUCGGCGAUUUGCGGGUUCAUAUCGGCGGAAAAGCCGUCUUCGAUUGUGUUCUUCUCGGUAGCCCACGUCCGCGAGUGUGCUGGCUGUUCAACGAAGACAAACUCCGCUUCAGUGACGUCAUCAUUGAAGACACCGCCGAUGUGUGCCGCUUGACCAUUCCAUACGUUCAAAUGCAUCACUUCGGAACGUUCACCGUGUUGUGCGAGAACGAAGUCGGACGUGCCACUGCCGAAGCCCAAUUGCUGCCGCUUUAUGAAUAA